GAGCUUGCCCAUCAGUGCUCGCAAGAGUUACCACGGGAUGUGAUUCGAAUCUCCAUGGACGAUUUCCACCACCCAAAAAGUAUACGGUAUCGUCGAGGGAAAACUUCGCCGGAAGGGUUCUGGCUGGACAGCUACGACUACGACAGAUUCUUCGCAGACGUGGUCACGCCAUUAAGCCGCGGGGGUUCGCAACGGUACCGGAUGCGAAGCCAUGACAUCCUCAGUGACACGAUUCUAGAUGAGGAGCCUGUUCAUGAAGCGGCCCCAGCGUCCAUCGUCAUCGUCGACGGGAUCUUCUUGCAUCGGCCAGAACUAGCCGAUGUCUGGCACAUGUCGAUCUUCCUGGAUGUUUCUGCAGAGGUGUGCGCGGAUAGGAUGCUUACUCGAGACGGCGUCGCGACUGCGCUUGAGCCGAGCGCACGAUACUAUGGCGGUCAAGACAUGUACUUUAGAACUUGCCAACCGCAUGCUAAGGCUACUGUUCUGAUCGACAACUCUGUAUUAGAUUCCCCGGUGCUAAAAGCACGACAAAACUAAUCCGGAAGAAUUACCAUAUGGGCCCGUGUGAGGGAUUUCGGCAUAUAGAACGUUUAUCGCUUGUAUGAGU